AUGAAAAAGCGAAGAUGCGAUUCGACAUCGUUCUCUAAGCUGAUCAUCUCUUCACUAGGAGGCAUCUAUGCCACUUCUUUCACUAUCCAUUCCUGUGCCACCGUUUUCGUAGCGAACGAUAGCUUUGCCGGCGUCGUAGUGUCUGAUCGGAUUGAGUUCUCAAAUAUAGGUAAGCUACAAAGACAUAACUUGGAAAUUUUGCAAAUUUUAUGUAAACAUAAAGAUGGAGAGGAGAGAGUGGGAGAAAAGAGAAAGAAAAAGAAAGAAAGAGAUAUGAUUCAUUCAGGUCGACUGACCUUCGAACCAUACGCAUUUCGAAAUUUGCUGCAAUCACCAAAACAGUUGGUCAUCGAUAAGUGUUCAUUACCAGUCGUGCUGCCCAAUACGUUCACUGGUCUCUCACAUAUGGAGCAUUUAUGGAUUCGAAAUUCGACAAUCGACCGACUCUCCACAAAUUCAUUCUAUCAUCUGACUCACGUCAACUAUCUCUACUUUCGUGAUGUCACCAUUGGACGAAUAGAGCAACGAGCAUUUGGGAAAAUGUAUAGCGUCGAUCACCUGUUCAUGGGUGGAACGAUGCAGGUUGAUUUGGCCGACGGUUGGUUGUUGGCCGGAUCUUCCGUUGAGGAGGUCCUCUUGGAAGGUGUGUUCGGCGAGAUCGACGAGGCGUUCAUACUCGACGCCAACGUGCAUGUCGUCACAAUUCGUGACUCUAUACUACGUCUACAAAGUCGUGAUGAACAAACGACUACAACCUCAGACACACAGAUACAGCUGUACACACAACCCCAAACUGCCUUACAGGUCACGAAUGUGACUAUGAACGCAUUACUUCCAGCACUGUUGAUGUAUUUUAGUAAGAUCACCAUUUCCAACUGUUCGAUUAAGAAUGUGCGUCCAAGUCGACGAUUGGCUGCAUAUCCCCGUGACGUCGUCUGGAAAUUCUCCCACACUGAAAUCGACACCGUCGACUCGUACGCUUUCGCGAAUUUCUCGGUUGUCGAGCUCAGCUUCUCGUAUUGCAAGCUGGGGCGGAUAAAACCAGUUUCGAUGGGUGUUGGUGGCCGCUUUCAUCGAGUACUAUUCGUGGCGACACGAAUUUCUUCGUUCGACGAGUCGGCAUUCGCCAAAACGCAUAUUAGAAGUCUAAGAAUUUCUGACUCUGAAAUACAGCAGGUGCCGUCAAUGGCGUUCCAUCGCUCGACAAUAGACGAUCUAAAGAUCAUCGAUACACGGAUCGACGUCCUACAAAAGCACAUCAUAAGUGAAAGCAAGAUUAGAACUCUAAGCCUCGAAAAGACAAUUGUUAACAACAUCGACGCGAAACCUUUUGCACAUGCCGAGAUCGACGAAAUACGAAUCGUCGGUUGUAGUCUAAUUGGCUCUCCAGCUUCCCAGCUACUAAUAAGACUUACUCCUACUCGUUUGCAUAUCAUCAACAGUACGUUCGACUGCGACGCAGAAGACUGCGAGAUGAAUUCUAUGCUUCUGAAUCCACCGCGUCACGAACUGCUCUGGACGUUCAAAGAAAACUCAUGCAGAACUCCUGAAAUCCUAAACAGUCAGCAAAAAACCAUCUGUGCCAAGCCUUCUACUUUCCAGCAAUCCGGCCUCAUUUGCAGGCUCAGUUGGGCUAUGGCGGACUGUAUUUGUGCAGAGGCUUCAGCUAACCUUUCCUACAUCGAUGCGUCUGUUAUUAUCGUUGGUGAUUGUGAGCAACUUACCGUAGCCGAAACCAAGCCAAUAACAGCUCUUUACCUUUUCAGAGUAGCUCAAUGCGAUGUGGUUAAGACACCGAAAACUAUGAAAACGUUGAAGGUCUACCACUCAAAUCUUGUGGUUCACAAAGGCGCUUUGACAAACAGUUACUUCUCAUUGGUUUCUCUAGCGCACACAAACGUUCGUAAAGUUGCUAAACACGGAUUGUUUAAUGUCAGCGUUGAUGAACUGGUCGUCAAGAAUUCCAUUAUGAAAUGGGAUCCAUUAGCCACUGUAAGAUCACGAAUCCAACGAGCCAGUAUCACGGAGUCGAAAAUCGGCACAGUAACAUCGUGGUUGCAAAUUAUCGACAAUCUCCGCAUUACUAGCAGCGUCCUGUUUAGCGCGAAAGGACUAUCCACUAUAAGAAAUCUCUACCUCAGUAACAACACUGUGUUAUGUUGCUGUGGUGAGAGUACAGAUUACUGCAAGACCGAUAAAAGUAUGUUAAAGAAAUGCACUUUUCAUUUCGGUGAAUUCGUAUGCGAUGCCAGCACUGAAAAGGGAAGCACAGGAAUACCGAGUGUUCUAAUUGUUAUCUCAUUGACUUUUACAGUAAUCUCAAUCAUAUCGAUCUAG